CUCACGACACCGCCGCGCUCGUGAUGGCGAACAGCGAAACUCGCGACGUGAAAGCAGCGAAGAGCGCCCUGUCACUGUGGGAAUGAUGAAGUGCUAAGCGCAGCCCGCAGCAAUGAAACCUCGUGUGAACACUCUGCAGAAGGAAAGCAAGCUGUCACCUGAGGUUGAGCCUUUUGUACCGAAGCAGAGGAAGGACCAGCAUGCGGUGGGGUCGCCCUGCCCUCCUGAUGCUUGUUCGACAGAAGCACGGCGGCACGCUGCAGGCGUCCCAUCUAGGGGUCAGUCGCCCGUGUGCAGUCAGGAGAGCCCCUCGGCCCUGUGGCCCAGACAGAAGACCAGUGGCAGCAAACAUGGGUACAGCAGCUCCCGCCGGGCCAGAAGGGUCCCACAGAACCAAGGCACAGCACUGGAACGCACCCUUUCGGAGUCACCGAGAAAGGCGUCACGACUCAGUAAUGAUCUCAUCUGUCUGGAAAAGAAAAGCCCCAGAGAACCAGCGCAUAAGAGAGAAGGAAGUAUGAAGGAACAAGGUAGAAGACCCAAAUCAACUCCUCAUCCUCCACAGAACUGCGAGACCCAGAGGGCCGAUGCAGAUCCCUUUCAAGUCGAUCUGUCUGAUUUCCCAGAGCUCACUAUUCCCACAGCCAAGACCCGUUUGGGACGCCGAUCUCCUUCUCCUGGAGCGUGGCCUUCGGCUUCAUCUUCACCCAGCAAGAGCGCUUCCUCAAGAAAAGGACCCCCUGCAGACUCCUGUCCAAAUUCUGAGACUCCUGACAAUAGGGAUGUGAAGACAAAGCCUGGCCAAGGCCGGACCCAGGAGCCCACAGCACCCGGCCCUGUUUCCCCAGCUACUUCUUGGGCUGCUGUGGCCUGCCAGCCCCCGAGGAGGCUUCAGCCCAACACACUGUCCUUGCAGGAGGAGGCUGAAGCUCAGGUGGAACUGGAACAAACCUCUGAGAGGAAGAAAAAGAACAAUAAGAAGAAGAAGAAGAAGAAAUCAAAACAAACAGAUUAUACUGCUGAAGCAGAGCCAGAAGCCCCAGGCCCUGAGCAAGAGCCCCCAAAGUUUGAGGAUGAAGAGGAGUUCCCCGACUUGGCCCAUGCGAUUUUCGGUUCAGACAAAGGACAGGGUCCAACACGUUCCAUCAUAUCCUCUAGCAACGUGGCCAAGAGUCCAAAAGGGGUGAGAGUUUCACUCACAAGCGAUAAAGACGGUGACCUUCACAGAGGUGGAGACACCCCUGCUGACAGUCGUGGCGGAGACAGGACCUUGUCAGAGACGCCCCAAACGUUGGCCCCUCCUACUGACGGCAAGAAGGGACAGAAGCCUGAGAAGCCAGGUGGCAAGAAGAGCAAGGUUCCCGUGCAGCUGGACCUGGGCAACAUGCUGGCUGUGCUAGAGCAGAAGCAGAUGUCCCAGAAGUCCAAGCAGAACCCCAAGCCUAUCAUCCUGUCAGUUGGCGGUGGACUUCCUGUCUUACAGAAAGACCCCUCCACUCCAAAAAAACACCCACGGCAAGUAGAGAGGGUGGCACACAACCCUUUAGACUCUACCAGCCCCCUGGUGAAGAAGGGCAAGCAGAGAGAGGUCCCUAAAGCAAAGAAACCUACGCCUCUGAAACGAAUCAUCCUGAAGGAGCGAGAGGAGAGGAAGCGGAACCGUCUGCUGGAAGAGCGGGGACUUCUCCCUCCGGCUGCUGAUUCUGGGCCCUGUAGCAAUGAGGUGGUGGUUCAGCUCGAGAGCCUGCAACUGGAGGAGAUCGUGCACAGUUCCACAGAUGUGACAGAGGAGUCCAUGACUGUACAGGUGGAUCUUUGUACACAAGAUGACCCUGCACAGGCAGAAAUUGGGGAGCAGCCAACCAACGAUGGGUCCUCUUUAGAAACAGCCCUGGUCCAGCGUCCCAAAAUCCACAGCCGGAAGUUCAGAGACUACUGCAGCCAGGUGCUGAGCAAGGAAGUGGACGAGUGUGUGACUGCGCUGCUGAAGGAGCUCGUGCGCUUCCAGGACCGCCUCUACCAGAAGGACCCCAUGAAGGCACGAAUGAAGCGUCGCCUUGUCAUGGGCCUCAGGGAGGUCCUCAAGCACCUCAAGUUGAGAAAGGUCAAGUGUGUCGUCAUUUCCCCCAACUGUGAACGCAUCCAGUCCAAAGGUGGUCUAGAUGAAGCCCUCCAUACAAUUAUCGACACGUGCCGUGAGCAGAGUGUGCCCUUUGUCUUUGCCCUGUCACGAAAGGCACUUGGCCGUUGUGUCAACAAGGCUGUGCCAGUCAGCCUGGUGGGCAUCUUCAACUACGAUGGUGCACAGGACCUGUACCACAAAAUGAUCGAGCUGUCAUCAGAAGCCAGGAAGACUUAUGAGGAAAUGAUUGCUACCUUGGAAAAACCAAAUACUGAGCCACUGCAAGUUCCUGUUGAGCAAAAAGAUGUCGACUCAACCCUGGACCAGUCAGAAAUGGUGGAACCAGAAUACAUAAAGGUCUGGAAGAAGAUGCUGGAGAAGGAAUCCAACCAUCGGUUUUUAUACUUCGAGGAGCCAUUGUCCACAGCUGGCAUGGCCGACGAACCAGGACUGCAGAUUCAUUCACCAGGGCCUGCAGCACAAGGCAGUAAUACAGGUUUGGGCAGAAGAAAUUGCUCACAUCAGCAGAAAAUUUCUACUGUAAAUAAAGUUUCUAAAUAAAUACAUCAUGACAGGCUAAUUGAAUAGCACUACUGCUCUUUAAGCAGCAUUAUGUUUGUAUUGGAAUUUAAUGGAAAAAAAAUAUGGGAAGAUAACAUUUUAUCAAAAACCAGAAUUGCUUUGUCACAGGUAAUUUAUGCCUUAAACAUUUUGCAGUUCUGCUCAGUAUGAAUAUUUCCAUUUUGUCACUGACAUGGCAUAAGAAUUUCUGCUGCUGGUGUUAGAAGAGGGCACUGUAGGCUUUAAUGGACUGCACAGUGGUAUGAACCAACCUGAGGUCAUGUCCUCUUGCUGUGCUGACAGUUCAUACACCUUGAUUUUGGUAAGGAAAGGCACAAGUAAACAUCAGUGUUAAUUUGGGUUCAGUUGCUUAAAUGCAUUUCCAGAAACGUUAUCUGCCUUUAUAAUAUUCCAUGCACUACCUUCAAAAGUGGUGUAUUUUGCAAAAUUCUGAAUCAGCUUACUUUUAAAUAAGACUAAUAGAAAUGAAUGUAAACACAUCUGACACAAAUUUACUGUAAAAUGUUAAUCACAAGUACAGUACAUAUAAACAAUGACAAAAAAAAAAGUUGAAGUUAAAGAAGCUGGGGAAAAGGCAAGUUAUGCUUUUGUGUUGUCAGGGACAGCAUGGUAUGUGGAUGAUUCCCCCCUCCCUCGUUGGUUUUGUUAUUUUUUUUUCUCUCCUCUUUGUACUUUUUUUGUUGAACUGAGAAUGGUAAUGUUAUUCCUGAGGAAAAAAAAUGCACAGUAUAUGGCAAAAUAGCCGACAGUGACACCAUUCAUAGGAGAUCAGUACCAGAUUUGGACAGUUGGAGGAACUUGGCAGCAGGCAUUACUUUCAUUUUGGUCAGACACUCGUGAACACAUUUCUGUUCUCUGUUGCAUUCUUCUAGUUGUUGAUUUUAAAAUGUGACAAUCUGAAUGUUAGUGUUUUGUACCUGACCCUUUGCAAAUGUGAAUGUUUCACAAAAUGCAUUUAAGCAAUUGUUUCCAUCUAGUUGUUCUGGUGAAUCAAACCAUUAUCCACUUAAAAUUAUGCAGAUUUUUAAUUUGAAAAAAGGAAAAAAAAAAAAAAAAUUUCU